AUGGAUAGAGGAAUUAUUGGGUCUCUUCUCUAUCUCACUGCCAUCAGGCCAUAUAUUGUCUUUAGUGUUGGACUAUGUGCAAGAUUUCAAUCAAAUCCCAAGGAAUCUCAUAUGAAGGCUGACAAAAGAAUUCUGAGAUAUCUUAAGGGAACACAAGACCUGGUUCUAUACUACCCUUUAGGUGAUAAUUUUAAUCUUACUGGGUAUGCUGAUGCUGACUAUGCAGGUUAUCUUGUGGAUAGGAAAAACACAUCUGGAAUGGCUCACUUCCUAGGAUCAUGUCUUAUUUCACGGGGGACAAGGAAGCAAUUCAGUAGCGCUUUCAACAGCUGA